AUGCAGUCCUCGUUCCCAUCCACCCCCAUCGGCGUCCCCACGCUUCCCGAGCGCGGCCGCCAGCGUACCGCCACCGGCACUACGCCGCCCAGCGCCCACCCGUGCCCCCAGUUCGCGGAUCUCGUGCACUCGCUCUACGCAGCCUACCGCGCCGACUCGGAACGCCGCGCAGUCGCGCGCUCGUCUAGCCCCGGCGGCAUUGCUGCGGCCGCCAACGCCAACGCGACCAACUCCCGCUCGCGCUCCUAG